UGGCUGCUGUAGUAUUGGAGACUCAGGGUCAGGGCCUGGCUGAGGGAAGUACCCUGGGUAGCACCGGGUGCAGGGCAGAGACAGCAUCGUAUCGACUUUGCUGUUGAAUCCUCCGGCCCAUUGUUAGAGACUUGCAGGACAUUUUGCCCGACUGUAGACUCGGAAGGUAGUUUGCUGGGACUGGUGGGCUGGUCCCUUCCCUGGGGGCGUAUCACCUGCGGUGCCACCCCUGGGAACAGGUACCGCGUGUGGAGAAGACACUUGGGUGUAUCUCUUUCCUGCUGCUACCAAGGACAUUGUCUAGGGGAGUGGGUCGUUGUGUCACCCUCAUUCCGACGAUCGAGGAGAUCUCUUUUCGCACAAUUUCUCCAUCUGUUACCGACCGGAAUCCCAGUGACUGACAACCAAGUACCUAAGAUUGCGCGAAGUUUUCUCUGGUGCUAAUAUCAGCAAAAGGAGCUUGCUUUUUAAAAGAGCGGCGUGUUUCCUAAAAACACCAGCUGGUGGCAAGACUGAAAGAAUUGGGGAAAUUCCCCUGUUUUUUUUUUUUUUUUUUUUUUUUUUUUUGAAGACCACAAGUUUAAACAGCCUAAGCGCCUUUUGAAACUGCUGGAAUUUUAAAGCCUGGUGGUAGAGGGCAGAAUGGAUGACUUUCUCUCCAUUAGUUUGCUGUCUUUGGCAAUGUUGGUGGGAUGUUACGUGGCUGGAAUCAUUCCUUUGGCUGUUAAUUUCUCAGAGGAGCGGCUGAAGCUGGUGACUGUGUUGGGUGCUGGUCUUCUCUGUGGAACUGCGCUGGCGGUUAUCGUGCCAGAAGGGGUGCAUGCACUUUAUGAAGAGGUUCUGGAGGGAAAACACCACCAAGCCAGUGAAACGAAGCAGAAUGUGAUUGCAUCAGACAAAGCAGCAGAAAUACCAGUUGUCCAUGAACAUGAGCACAGCCAUGACCACACACAGCUACAUGCCUACAUUGGUGUGUCCCUUGUCCUGGGCUUUGUUUUCAUGUUGCUAGUGGACCAGAUUGGCAGCUCACAUGUGCACCCUACUGAUGAUCCAGAAACAGCACGGCCCAGCAGUUCCAAAAUCACCACCACUCUGGGCCUAGUUGUCCAUGCUGCAGCUGAUGGUGUAGCUUUGGGAGCAGCAGCCUCUACUUCACAGACUAGUGUCCAGUUAAUUGUGUUUGUGGCAAUAAUGCUACACAAGGCUCCAGCAGCAUUUGGGCUGGUUUCCUUCCUGAUGCAUGCUGGCCUGGAGCGGAAUCGAAUCAGAAAGCACUUGCUGGUCUUUGCAUUGGCAGCACCAGCCAUGUCCAUGCUGACAUACUUAGGAUUAAGUAAGAGCAGUAAAGAAGCCCUUUCAGAGGUCAAUGCCACUGGAGUGGCCAUGCUUUUCUCUGCUGGGACAUUUCUUUAUGUUGCCACCGUCCAUGUCCUCCCUGAAGACACCAGCAUUGACCAUUCAGAUUCCAGCCUCAGUCCACGGCCAUUGCCAUCUGGGAAGAAGAGCAAGCGUGUGGCGCUCCUCACUUGCUCAGUGUCUUGUCUCACCUUGCCCAUCUCCACCUGUGUUCCUAGAGUCCGAGGGAGAUGAGAGUCAAUCGUGGAGAAGUGGGACAACAUAGAGCAGGAACAUCAGAAUUAGACAGAGACUUUGUGUUGUCUUUUAAAGGGACUUUGCUAUAUUAAGUUUUGAUGUUUCUCUUAACCCUAUUCUCAGGGAAGAUGGACUUUAGUUUUAAAGAAAAGUGGAGAACUUCAUACAAUGAAUUAUGAAACUGCAGUGUUCUGUAAUUAAGCUAAAGUUUUUUUCCCUUAGUUUAGAGGCUCUGCCACUUUAGCCAUUGGUUUUAAAAUGGUUGGUACUCACCAUGUAAGACUGGUGCUCUAGUGUCCGUGCCACACGCCAUGAGAGAAGGUGGGAACACCUGUCCCUUAGAUUUAAAGAUGAUGGCAACUAAUUUGAGGUUAGAAUAAGGAAAAUAAGAGCAGGACACAUAAGCUGAACUGAACCCAAAAGAAACAUCCAUGGAAAGGGGUGUUUAGAGUCUUCAGUAACCCCUUUGCACGUGCCUCCCUAUGUAGAGCCUGCCCUUCCUUCCAAUAGAGCAAGGAGGUGGGACUGGCUUUUUAAAAAGUAUCCUUUGCAGAAUACUUGUCUGCAGCACACUCUCAGUAGCCAGAUUCUGUUCAGGCACAGGAUUUCCCUCAAGAACAGUAUGAUCGCAGUGAAAUUAAGGGAUGUUAAAAUUUCCAGGAAUUUGGAUAGUUACUGAUAUAUUGUAGUAACCUUUUAAAAAAAAUAACACUAUUACAAAGUAUGUUGUUCUUUCCUUCUAAGUCAGUGGUUCUCAACCCUCGGAACACUGCAGUCCUUUACUACAGUUCCUCAUGUUGUGGUGCCCCCUUC